AGUGGUGAGCUGGGCCACUGUCCGGAUGCUGGGAGAUCGACAGAGACAAAGAGCCACCAACGAGGAGGACGAGGUCUUCAGUCUGCUGCUGAAGGGGUCGUUGACGGCGUCCGACUCGCACGGUGGACUCAAGUCUCCGAUCUCCAUCGGCAGCCCCCGCCGACCCUCCGAGAGCAACCUGGACUCCUUCAGCCGCCACUUUGAAAGCAUCAUGGAGUCCCACCGGGCCAAAGGCACCUCGUACAGCAGCCUGGACAGCGUGGACCUCCUGACCUCUGGAUCCACGUCAGUGUUCACCUUUGACCUGCCGACCCUCACCCCCGAGAUCCAGAGUCAGAUCUGCGACAGCGCCAAGCAGAUCAUCGAGCUGAGCUUCGCCCCGCUGGCCCAUCCGGACCCGUCGGGCCCCUCGGAGACGUCUCGCUCUGAAAUCGCCCUCAGUGCCUCGGGGUCGGGGCUCCGAGGCGGCUCCAAAGACGAGCCCGGCCCUCCGGUGCGAUCCAAGUCGGAGAAGGAGUCGUGGCGUCGCUCCGGCCUCAAAGACGGCUUCCGCAAGGCGAGCUCGGCCCCGUCGCUCCACAGCAGCCCCAAGGAGCGUCCGGUGAACCGCCCCCCCGAGCUGCUCUACCCGCAGGCCGACGUGGCGGAGCGUCUGGCGCUCGGCGGCGGCGGCGAGGAGGCGCUGACCAACGGCACGAAGGCCGACCUGCAGGCGGCCAAGCGUCUCGCCAAACGGCUCUACAGCCUGGACGGCUUCAGGAAGUCCGACGUGGCUCGACACCUCGGCAAGAACAACGACUUCAGUCAGAUGGUGGCAGAGGAAUAUCUCAGUUACUUUAACUUCAGCGGUCUGACCAUCGAUCAGGCUCUCAGGACGUUUCUGAGCCAGUUUGCUCUGAUGGGAGAAACUCAGGAGAGAGAGAGAGUCCUCGCUCAGUUCUCCAGAAGAUACAGACAGUGUAACCCCGAGAGUGUCCCCACGGAAGACAGCGUCCACACUCUGACGUGUGCCGUCAUGUUGCUGAACACAGACCUUCAUGGGAACAAUAUCGGGAAGAGGAUGUCCUGCAGUCAGUUCAUCACCAACCUGGAGGGUCUCAACGAUGGAAAAGACUUCCCCAAAGAUCUGCUGAAGACUCUCUACAGCUCCAUCAAGAACGAGAAGCUUCAAUGGACCAUAGACGAGGAGGAUUUGAGGAAUUCCAUGUCGGAGCUGGCUGAUGUCCGAACAGACUCCGCCUCCCACACCAUGAAACGCCUGGGGAGUGGAGGAAACCCGCUGGUGGGCGUCGCCCAGCAGGCCGACGGCGAGCUCUACAAGAGCGGCUUCCUGGUUCGCAAAGUCCACGCCGACCCUGACGGAAAGAGAACUCCGCGGGGUAAGAGGGGGUGGAAGUCUUUCUACGCCAUGCUGAAGGGUCUGGUGCUCUACCUGCAGAAGGAUGAGUUCCGUGCGGAUCGUGAGCUGACGGAGGAGGACGUGAAGAACGCCGUCUCCAUCCAUCACUCUCUGGCCAUGAGAGCAGCCGACUACAGCAAGAGACCCAACGUCUUCUACCUGAGGACGGCCGACUGGAGGGUCUUCCUGCUGCAGGCCACCGAUGCAGAACAGAUGCAGUCGUGGAUCACGCGGAUCAACGUGGUGGCGGCCAUGUUUUCUGCGCCCCCGUUCCCGGCAGCGAUCGGCUCCCAGAAGAGGUUCAGCCGUCCUCUGCUGCCGGGAUCGAACACCAAACUGACCCAGGAGGAGCAGGUCAAAUCCCACGAGAACCGGUUCAGGUCGGUCUCCUCCGAGCUGGCCGACCUCACCGCCUCCACGCCGGACCGGAAGGUCAAAGGUCGCGAGCUGGAGGAGCAGAAACUCCGACAGGAAUACCUGGAGUUCGAGAAAACCCGCUACGGGACGUACGCCAUGCUGCUUCGGGCCAAGCUGUCGAGUGGAGACGAGGACCUGUCGGCCUUUGAGUCGCGGCUGUUUGACGACGGCGGCCUGCAGAGGGCGCACUCCAGCCCCACGCUGCCUCAGGACAGCGGCCACAAGGACAAGACCCGCGGGGCCGCCACGUCCAAGAGCCUCAAGGUCACGUCGACCUCCAAGACCGCCGGCAGCGGCAAAGAGGGAAGCAAGAAGAAGAACGGCGGCGGUGGAAACAGCCAGCAGCCGGAGCUGCAGAAACACAGCAGCAAACAGGAAGAGGCGCCGUAAGGCGGCGAGGAGCAGCGUGUAGCUGGAGACGGACGUGAAGCAUUGUGGGAAACAGGCUGACAUCCUCCUUCAAACCUUUUCUGUUCAACCUCAAGUCACGUUCUGAUUGGCUCGGGGAGUUUCCUCCAGAGCCGAGCUGAGACGUUCGAGGUCGGUGGGAGAGGAGACGCUCGUCACCGAGGACGACGACGAGCGGAGCGUUUCUUCUUUUGUUUGUUUGUUUUUUUUAAACGAGUUGAAACAUUCAGGAAACACUACCAAGCUUUUAUUUCUCAUCCAGACUUCAGAGUUUCAGAGUAAGAGCUUUAUUUCCUGUCAGGUCUGUCAUGUCGGGGCUUUUAUUUUGUUAAAUGUGAAGAAUCUUUGUCGGUACUUUUUAUCUUUUUUCUCUCACAGCGACAGAAACUGACCUCCAGAAGCAAACAGGGGAGCGGGUUGCCAUGCCGACCAGUUAUGACGGACAAAGCGCGUGGGACUGUUGCCAUGGGAACCGAGGGGG